AUGUCUAGCGUUGAAGUUUUAUUAACUUUGGGUAAACUGGACGCCUCUUUGGCUCUGUUGACCACGAGUGACCAUCAUGUAAUCGAGUUUCCUACGGUAUUAUUACCAGAUAAUGUCAAGGCUGGAUCAAUUGUGAAAUUGUCUGUUUCACAAAGUUUAGAUGAAGAGGAAAGACAAAGAGAGGUGUUUAAGGAUAUUCAGAGUAAAAUUUUGGAAAAGUAUGGUACGCAUAGACCUAAGCCACCUGUUCUGAAAAUCGUCAAUAUUACACAGACAAACUGUGUUCUAGGAUGGGAUCCCUUGCAUUUAGGCUCAGCUAGAUUAAAAUCACUCACUCUCUAUAGGCAAGGCGUUCGCUCGACCGUUAUUCCUAGUCCUUUCAAAAGUACAACUACCAAGAUUUCAGGAUUAUCAGUUGAUACAGCGUAUGAUUUUCAAUUGAAGCUUUCAACAACUUCAGGCCAAUAUUGGUCUGAAAAGGUCGAAGUACACACUCACAAGAUGACUGAUAUGUCGGGCAUCACGGUAUGUCUUGGUCAGUUAGAUCCUUUGCAAAGUAUCACAGAAGAUCAAAUUGCCUAUAGCUUAAUGCAGAUUGGUGCUAGGCCUUUACAACAUCAUGUUGCUAUUGAUACGACGCAUUUUGUGACGAAUGAUCCAGAAAACGAAGAGGAUCCCGAAUUGAUCAAAGCAAAGAAUAGCAACAUACCUGUUGUUAGACCUGAAUGGGUCAAAGCCAGUGAAACCGAGAAAAGGAUUGUUGGAGUAAGAGGAUUUUAUCUGGAUGCAGAUGAGGGUAUAUUAAAGAGUUAUCCAUUCACCCCACUUACUGAGGAAUCGAAAGGUCAAUUGGAAAGACAAAGAAGAAAUUUAAAUACCGAAGAAGGAUCAAGCCUGAAAGCAUCAACCGUUGAAAAAUCUGCGAAUACCAGCGAAGAGGCGGUUGUAGAAGACAAUGACGAACCAACUCAACAUGAAGUUGAUGUAGAAGCUCUACAUGAGGAGCCAAUAAAUGAGCCAGAAGCCGUACAUGAGGAGCCAGUUAGCGAGUCUGAAGUGGAGCAACCUUCAAUCGAACAAACGGAAACAUAUGUGGCCGAAGAAUCAAAUGUUCAAACAACGGGGCUAGGACUGAGCGCAACAGCGUCACCCUUGGAAGAAACCGAAACGAACGUUGAGGCUGAGGAACCAGUUAGUGGGUCACAAGGAAUUGAAGAGGAUGACGUCCAGGCAAUGGAGAUAGCUCCAGAAGCGGAAGUACAAUCAGCCGUGGCUGUCGAUGAUGAUGAAUCAUCUGCAAAAGAAGUAGUGCAGUCAGCAGUUCCAGAAGUAGCAGUUCCAGAAGUAGCAGUUCCAGAAGUAGCAAUUUCAAAAGAAGCUGUUCCAGAAGACGUUAUCCGUCAAACAUUUGCAGAUGGUGCAUUAGCAGAACGAGAAGUACAGUCAACAUUAGAAGCGGAGCCGGCUAUGGAAGCAGAAGUAGAAUCACAACCAUCUGCAGUGGCUGAAAGUGAUGCUGUACCUGAAAUGAAAGUAGUCCCAAUUGUAGAAACUGAAUCGGCUAUUGACAUACCAACAACUACGGGAAUUGCGGAAGAAUCAACUACUAACCCAAUCGAAGGAAGCGAGAAAGCAGCAGAAAGUAGUGAAGAAAUCAUGCGAGCUACGGAAACAGAUGCCGAAGGUGGAAAUGAAGAGAGCGAGGCCAUUGAAAAAGCUGUCCCUGGAGUUCGCACUUCUGAUGAGUUUGCAGCUGCAACAGCAUCUGUGGAGAGCAUCGCCGAUGCUAUACAGGCUGUGGAUUCGAACAGCAUUGCUAGCGAUGAGAAAGAGGCAAGCGAACAGCCUGAAGAUACGGCGGAUGGCAGUGGUGAAGAACUAGCAACGGCAGAGAAAACAGACGACAAUACUGCAUCAAGUAAAUCCAAAAAGAAGAAGAAUAAGAAGAAGAAAAAUAAAAAGAAAUAG